UACAUCCGGAGCUGCAUCAUGCUGGGAAGGAUGCCCAACUUGAUGCUGAUGUCCAAAGACAGCCUUUAUUCCCAGCUGCCCACAGACACCUUCACCAUGCCGUCCUACGCCAGGCGAAUUUCCACGGCGACGCCUUACAUGAACGGGGAAACGGCCACCAAGUGUCUUUGGACGAUCAGCGGGACGCUGAGGAUCAGGAUCCUCUGCGCUACCUACGUCAAUGUAAACAUCAGAGACAUAGACAAGAUCUACGUGAGGACCGGGAUAUACCACGGUGGGGAGCAGAUGUGUGACAAUGUCAACACUCAACGUGUGCCCUGCUCAAAUCCACGGUGGAACGAGUGGCUGAACUACGACAUGUUCGUUACGGAAAUCCCCAGAGCUGCUCGACUCUGCCUCUCCAUCUGCUCCGUGAAAGGAAGGAAGGGAGCUAAAGAGGUUAGCAAAGACACACCAAAUCCUAACGUCAUCACUUGGUGA